CGGGAGCUUCUCCAUCCGAGAAGGCUGGAAAGGCACAACCACCCGGUGAGUCCUGAGGCAGGGCCCCACCGCUCAGCAUACCGGUAUCCGCAGGGAUGGAAGUCGGGUGUUUGGCUGGGGGACAUUGCAGCAGCUCAGCAGUCAGAUCAAAAAGCUGGCAGGCUGACGUGGGCAGGAAUUCACUUAUAGGACGGACUUUCCGGCAACUGACCAUUUAGCUGUGGCAUACCCGGACCUCGUGUACGUGGGAUAUCGACAAUGAGCUCCGUAGCCGUAUUGACGCCUGAAAGUUUUGCCGAGCACAGGAAUGGCCUCAAUGAACAACAAGCUAAAGCGAGUGUUGGUUCUGAAGAUGAGACCGAUCUGGUACCAACUUACAAGGAAGCAUUUCCUCCUCUCCCCGAGAAAGCUACUCCUGGAGAGACGACAGCGGAACUGUCUGGAGCAUGGACCAAAAUCCGACCACUCAAAUCUUCUCUCAUCACCCAGGUUUUCCAUGUACCAUUGGAAGAGCGCAAGUACAAGGAAAUAACCCAAUUUGGAGAAGGAGAUCAAGCUAAGAUCUGUCUGGAUAUCAUGCAGAAGACUGGUGCGCACAUCGAACUCUCGUUGGCUAAGGACCAAGGACUUUCCAUCAUGGUUUCUGGCAAGCUUGAGGCUGUCAUGAAAGCGAGGAAGGAGAUUGUUGCUAAGCUGCAGACUCAGGCCUCAGCAACAGUAGCCAUCCCCAAAGAACACCAUCGUUUUGUGAUUGGAAAAAGUGGAGAGAAACUGCAGGAGUUGGAAUUGAAGACAGCGACUAAGAUCCAGAUUCCUCGGCCUGAAGAUCCUAGCAACCAGAUCAAAAUAACUGGCACUAAGGAAGGCAUUGAGAAAGCGCGACAUGAAAUCUUGCUGAUCUCUGCUGAACAGGACAAGCGUGCAGUUGAGAGGAUCAAUAUUGAAAAAGUCUAUCACCCGUUCAUUGCUGGCCCCUUCAACAAGACUGCUGGGGAGUUGAUGCAGGAGACGGGAACACGGAUCAAUAUCCCGCCCCCAAGUGUCUUGAAGAAUGAGAUUGUUAUCACUGGCGAGAAAGAACAGGUUGCACAGGCUGUUUCACGCAUCAAGAGGAUCUAUGAAGAUAAGAAAAAGAAAACCACGACGAUCGCUGUGGAGGUGAAGAAAUCACAACACAAGUAUGUUAUUGGACCCAAAGGCAACUCGCUGCAGGAGAUUUUGGAACGGACUGGAGUCUCGGUCGAAAUCCCACCUUCGGAUAGCAAUUCUGAAACAGUCAUUCUUCGUGGCGAACCUGACAAACUGGGGCAGGCUUUGACCGAAGUCUAUGCUAAAGCUAAUAGUUUUACAGUCGCAAGUGUCAAUGCUCCAGCCUGGCUCCAUCGAUUCAUCAUUGGGAAGAAAGGGCAGAAUUUGAGUCGUAUAACACAGCAAAUGCCAAAGGUAUACAUUGAAUUCACUGAUGGUGAGGAUAAGAUUUGUCUGGAAGGCCCAACCAAGGAAGUGAAACAAGUUCAGGAACAAAUUGAAAGCGUUGUGCAGGAUUUGGUGAAUCGUAUGGAUUACACUGAAUUAACAGUUGAUCCCAAGUUUCACCGUCACCUUAUUGGGAAGAAUGGAACAAAUAUAAAUCGUAUCAAGGAUCAGUAUAAAGUUUUAGUUCGCAUCCCUCCUGAUAACGAGAAGAGUAAUCUAAUUCGGAUUGAAGGAGACCCUCAGGGAGUUCAAGAUGCCAAGAAGGAACUGUUGGAACUUGCAUCCAGAAUGGAAAAUGAACGCUCCAAGGAUUUGAUAAUCGAACAUCGUUUUCAUCGUACAAUCAUUGGCCAGAAGGGGGAGAAGGUUAAGGAAAUCCGUGACAAGUUCCCUGAGGUUGUUAUUAAUUUCCCGGAUCCUAGUCAAAAGAGUGACAUAGUGCAGCUCCGUGGCCCCAAAAAUGAGGUGGAAAAAUGUGCAAAGUUCCUGCAGAAAAUUGUGGCGGAACUGGUGGAGAAUAGCUAUUCAGUCUCUGUACCCAUCUUCAAACAGUUUCACAAAAAUAUCAUUGGAAAAGGAGGAGCAAAUAUUAAGAAGAUCCGUGAAGAAACUAAUACAAAGAUUGAUUUGCCAGCAGAAAACAGCAAUUCUGAAAUGAUCAUUAUUACAGGAAAGAAAUCCAAUUGUGAAGUGGCUCGCAGCAGGAUCCUGGCCAUCCAGAAGGAAUUGGCAAACAUCACGGAAGUUGAAGUUUGCAUUCCUGCUAAACUCCACAAUUCUCUGAUUGGCGCAAAGGGUCGCUUUGUCCGUUCCAUCAUGGAGGAGUGUGGAGGGGUGCACAUCCACUUCCCUACUGAAGGGUCAGGCAGCGACACAGUCACCAUCAGGGGACCUGUUGAAGAGGUUGACAAGGCCAAGAAGCAGCUCCUCCAUUUGGCUGAAGAAAAGCAAAUCAAGAACUAUACCAGUGAACUGCGCGCCAAACCAGAGUAUCACAAGUUCCUCAUUGGACGUGGUGGUGCCAACAUCCGCAAAGUGCGGGACAAUACGGGAGCCCGGAUAAUUUUCCCUACUGCAGACGACAAGGAUCAAGAGCUGAUCACCAUUGUAGGUACGGAGGAAGCUGUCAAAGAAGCUCAGAAAGAACUGGAACUCCUCAUUAGCAACCUGGACAAUGUCGUGGAGGAUGCAAUGACUGUCGAUCCCAAACACCAUCGAUACUUUGUGAUACGCCGUGGACAGGUUUUGCGGGAAAUUGCUGAUGAAUAUGGCGGUGUGAUGGUCAGUUUCCCCCGUACUGGAACACAGAGUGACAAGGUGACACUGAAAGGUGCCAAAGAUUGCGUGGAGGCUGCCAAGAAACGCAUGCAGGAGAUCAUUGAAGACCUGGAAGCUCAGGUGACCAUCGAGUGUGUAAUUCCACAGAAGUUCCACAGGAUGGUGAUGGGUGCCAAAGGUUUGAAUGUGCAACAGAUCACCAAGGACCAUAAUGUACAGAUCAAAUUCCCUGAGCGUGAGGAGAAUCCAGCACUCGAGCAGCAAGUCCAUGAGAAUGGAGAGACUGAUGGAGAAGUUAAGGAGGUUGAUCCUUCUGUACCCCGGAAGAAUGACAUCAUCAUCAUUUCUGGGCGGAAGGAACGCUGUGAAAAAGCCAGAGAUGCUUUGCUGGCACUAGUUCCUGUUACUAUCGAAGUGGAUGUACCCUUUGAUUUGCAUCGUUACAUCAUUGGCCAGAAGGGAAGUGGCAUACGCAAAAUGAUGGAGGAGUAUGAGGUGAACAUUGCUGUGCCCCCUCCUGAGGAGCAAUCAGACAUCAUUAAAAUCACUGGGCUGCCUUCUCACCUGGAAAGAGCUCGGCAAGGACUGAAUGAACGGGUCAAAGAGCUUCAGAUGGAGCAGGAGGACCGGGCUCUGAGAAGCUUCAAGUUGACUAUCUCUGUGGAUCCACGUUAUCACCCAAAAAUCAUUGGCAGGAAAGGUGCAGUUAUUACUCAGAUUCGAAUGGAUCAUGAUGUCAAUGUCCAAUUCCCUGACAAGAAUGAUGAAAAUCAGGAUCAAAUAACUAUCACUGGGUAUGAGAAAAAUGCAGAAACUGCCAAGGAAGCCAUCAUGAAAAUAGUGUCUGAACUGGAGGAAAUGAUAUCUGAGGACAUUACUCUUAACCACAAAGUCCAUGCCCGUAUUAUUGGUGCUCGUGGAAAAGCCAUCCGAAAGAUUAUGGAGGACUUCAAGGUUGACAUUCGUUUCCCUCCAUCUGGGGCAGAAGAUCUUGACCGUGUCACUGUGACUGGUCUGCCUGACAAUGUGGAUGAGGCUAUUGAUCAUCUCCUGAACCUGGAGGAGGAAUACAUGUCAGACGUUGUGGAAAAUGAGGCCAUGCAGGCGUACAUGAAGCCAGCAUCACGUGUGGAUGAACCAAAAACCACCUCCAAGGGCUUUGUGGUGAGAGAUGCUCCAUGGACUAGCAGCACAGAAAAGGCUCCAGAUAUGAGUAGCUCUGAAGACUUCCCGAGUUUUGGUGCUCCAGUUGCUCCAAAGACUUCGCCGUGGGGACCGAAAAGAUUCUGAGCUGGAAUAAACUCUAUUUUCCAACCCCGCACCCCCUCUCCCAACCCUCGUAUUGCUGGGUUGCCACAAUGUGCUUCCUAUUUGAUUCCAGUUCAGCAGCCUAGCAAGUAAUUAGCCUAUUAAAAAUUACUUCCUGUGUCACAGUCGUUUCCAAAAACACAACUGCCGUGAUUGAAGGCCAUGCUCAUGAGCCUCAUCUAUAUCCACGCAGUUGCGUGCUCCUAAACCCCACGGCAUUCCACACACUCUGGCAAACGCAACUGUUUGGAAACAGCUUGCCACUGAUUCGAUGCAAUGGCCCAAAUUAGUGUUUAUCUAGAUUACCCAUGUGACUUGGUCCACAGUUUAUUUCAGUCUCGUCAACAUUUGCAGGAGUUUGAAGCAAAGACUGGGUGGGGUUGUUGUCUCCUGAUUUCCCCCCUUGGAGUUGGCAUCCUUUUGCCUCCCAUUGCAGUUUUCCUGGUUAAAAGUGCAGUUGUUUUAACCCUUCAACUGCCACUUGCCAUAGAGCUCUUAAGCCCAUUUUAAUACCUGCACUUCGAACUUGGCUGUGAAUCCAGUCCUUAAAUCACAGCUCGGCUGACCUCAUUUAAAUUAAAACCUGAAUCAGGUGCUCCUCCCAAGCAGGUAGACCCUGUGCUAUGCCAUUUUCCCAGGUCACUCAAUGCGCACAGUCUUGGUUGUUUUCACCCUGUCCUCAUGGUUGGACCAUUGUGCAUAUGAUGAUAUUGCUUUGUGCAAAGGGGAGGCUGUGAGCAAACCCCUGAACACAGCAUAUAAAUGAAACUCUAUUUGCCGUAACAGGGCCAACAGCAAAUGAGCACUGAGGGGAUUUUGGAAAAAAAAUGCAAAAACAAGCCAAAUGGAUUCUCUUAAACUGUCCCACAGCCAAAGACUGAUUGCUUUGUGCAAAGACUCUUUGUGCAAACACAGCACAAAGCCAAGGCAAUGACUAAUGAACAGUCAGAAAGGGUGAAGCCUCGAACUUUCAACCUGCUCCUGUUGCAGAGAUCCCUGAAGUGGUACAUUUUAUUCCCUACUUUCUCUUUCAUAAUGGAGAUUUUCUUUGAACAAGAAAAUCUCAUUCUGUUGAGAAAGUCUGAGACUUGUUAAAAUGACACACUUGUUUACCCUGGACUGACUUGGUGUUUCUGUAUACAGAAAAGGCACUAAAUUAACAGUUUUGUGCACACGUAUGUAUCUGUUAUACAUAUCAGACAUGCAUGGUAAAGACUUUGGUCCUGUCUAUAUGUCAAUUCCAAAGAGCUUGGAAAAAGCUAACUUACAGAAUGCAUGUUAAUGUUAGAGUAUGCAGCAUACACCAUCUACUUGUAGUUUGAUGUAAACAGAAUCUUGAAAGGAAAGAGAUUCUUCCUCUUCCAAAAUGGAAUUUAUUUUCUCAUGCAGGUGAGGAUUGCCCAUGUUGAACAGUUAAGGGGGGAUACUGAGGGAAAGAACCAUACAGUUCCACCCCACCAACAUUACACAUUCUGGGUCAAUACCCUCAGGCAGGUAAAUCUUAAUAGCCAGAUUUUGGUUCCUAGUAAAUCAUGCACUUGGGUUAAUCCACACAUUAACCCUCUUACACAGCACAGCAUACCCAAAGGUUUAGGGACGGUGUGGGUAAGGGGAGAGCAGACAGCAUAACAUGCGAAUAGGAAGUGGUACUUUUUUUGGAAGCUUGGGUCUUGCUUAGCACCACUAAUGUUACCCACUGUGAUGGGUCUUUACUAAAUUAGUUGCAGAGUGCUGGUGGACAGGGCUUAUUGACCUUUCGGGAUAGCUGGUUUGAAAAACAACUUGCUGAGAUCUACAAGGAAAAAUAAAUCUUAACAAAAACACUAAUCUAUUGAAAAUGCAUUCAUCUGUUUUGAUUUUCACCCCAUUUUCCCUAUAGACUCACUUGACUGUGAAAGAGACUCUUGUGUCAGGACCCACAGUCCAGUGAGUUGAAGCCAUUUCAUUUUCAGAAUUUUGUUUCCAAGCAAUUUCCAAGUCUGUUGUCUGGGAAAUGACCGGAAACCCAGUCACUUCGCUGUGAAUCUUUUUUGAUUCGUAAUCUUGGCUUUCCUUCAUAAUCAGGUCCAGUUUUUUGUUUUAAAUCUUGUUGAAUACUGGAACUGGAUAGAUUUCUAAUCAGUUGAGCAUUGUCCAAUUUAAUUGAGUAGUUCUGUCAUAUGUAAAGCAGAAGAGAGAAAACAUUCCCCACUGCGCCGCCGCCGCCGUGCCCCCCCCCCCCCCCACUUUACUGCACCCCUGCCAAAGGAAAAUUGGUUUGAUAAAGCCUUGCUCUAGUUGAAGCCAAUAUCAGGCUAUUUCUACAAUUCAUCAGGAGAUGUAGUGAUAAUUAAAUCACUUCUGAAUUAUUAAUUGAUAGAUUAGUGGCCCUUUCAUGUAGGGACAUACUGCCUCUCAGAAGCUGGCUAUCUCUUCAAUGUGGUAGUCUCUUGCUGGCACUUUAAAGCUGAGGUGGGACUACUUUGUGUACUUGCAUGUGCUCAUAUGUGAGUUUGCACCUUGCAGAUUUAAACGUAAUUUGUAGAUCUCAGUUUGAUAAUGCUUUGAUUUAACUGGGGUAAAAAUUUGGUCUUUCUUUUGAAACAACUUGCUAAUCUUCUCAGGGCGUCAGUGUGCAAUUUCCCUCUCUGCAGGCUAUGAGAAUGUUAGCUGAAAGCUGACUUGCCCCUAAUGUAGGGAGUAAGGUAGCAAUAAUGUACCAAGACCACCAGGUGCAAAUUUGGUACUAAGUUCUCUAGCAGAACACCACUCAGCCCAUGUUGACAGCCUGCUGGCACACUUUUUAGGUUCAGCUUACUUUCAAAGUGGAUGUCCAUGCAUUAGGUACCAUGGCCUGUUUUGUCCUUUUGUUCAAACCAUCAAUGUUCCAAUGCCAUUUUUCUUGUCUGCUAUUGAUGCUGCCCUGUUGUUAUGGUAAUGAAGGAUUUGAGAAAUGGGCCUACUAUUUUCACUGCUCACAUCUGUUCAAGUCUUCCAUGUUGAUGCAAUACAAAGAACAAGCAGUUUCCAUGUAAGACCCAUUGGCCUUAACUCUGAAUGGAGAUAUGCAAAUGUAUAGGAGAUAUGGAUGACACUGGAAUUUUAUAAAUCCAAAAUUAAAAAAAAAAUGAAUAACUAGUC